CGGUAACGCUUCACUUAGUUUAUCUUGUUUUCGAAAAAUGGAAGAAGUAACGAAAUGUAGAUACAUUGAUUGUCUCGACGGCCGAGAGAAAGAGCAAAUACUUCACGAACUUCCCGUUUGCGAUACUAGUCUCUGCGUGAGAUGGUUGAUCAACAGUGGUCACGUGGACCUGAUUGGAAAAGAUCUGGACGCUUUACGGUCCAUGAAAUUUUUUGUGUGUAACAAUCACUUCACGGAAGAUUGUUACCUCAGUAAAGGUACGUUGAAAGAAAAUGCGGUUCCUUCGCCUCACUGGAACGACGUUUCAAGAACAUUAAAAACUCCAAAAGGGCAACGGAAAAUUCAAGUGAACGGACAAGAGAAUUUGAUGGAAGAAGUAGAGGCAAACCAACUUUCGGAAAAAAAUUGCCCUUCCGAGUUUGAAGUGAAUCAGUGGUGUAGAACGUGUGCUACAAAGAAGCAUAAUCUCGUAAGUAUGACAACCAAGGGGAAAGGCACAGAGAUGACUCUUCUAUCGAAACUAAAACUUUUGAUAGAAAUUGACGACGAGGAUGCGUUACCGACAAAGAUGUGCGAUGAGUGCGUCGAUAAGUUGGAGCAGUCGUUCAAGUUUUUUCAACAGAUUUACGUAGCUGAUAAUACAUUACGUCAUGUAUUUCCAAAUGCACGUGUAAACAACGUAUCCAGAAAACCUUUGUAUUCGCUUGGCGAGCAUAUGAAAAAGGAACAACAGGAAAAGGAGAAGGAGAAGGAGAAGGAAAAGGAAAAGGAAAAGGAAAAGGAAAUGGAAAUGGAAAUGGAAAUAGAGAAAGAGAAAGAGAAAGCUUACGAGUUAGCGGACCGUACUCCUAAAGUGACUCGUGGUCUUUUCCGGCGUGGUCGAGGUAGGCCUCGUACUCGAGGAUACGCAGGGAGAGCACGAGCGAGACAGAGGUCGAGUCAGAUCGCAGCGUCGUAUCCGCGUGCCACUAACUGGGUUGAUAACGUUGUCGUAAGUUCGACUUGUGAUUCCGGUAUCGGCGAAUCAGUGGCGCGAAAACGCCAGUACAGAAAUGAGAUGUCAACGGUUCGCUUAGAAGAAACUCAAGGAAGAACAGUGUUUUCAUUGCUCACGGAUACUUGUCGUAGCGACGAGGAACUCGAUUGGGCCGAUGUUUUAAAAGUAAUGAAUCAUCAAGAGUCGCGACAAGGCUUGGAAUCAGUUGGCGACCAACUGAUUAAAAUAGAGACCACCGAAACCACCGGUGUUGAGGUAAACACAACGGAAACGAAGCUCGAGGAGAUACGGCCUACGCAUGUAACAGGGUCAAAGUCUGAAACGCAGCUGCCAGUGACACCAAAAUAUGUAAUCGGGGAGUCGAAGGUUGAGCCAAGAAACGAAGGUACAGAAAAAACGGAGAUACAGAAGGUUGAAGAAACGACACGCGAAUCUGAUAGGAAAAUUACACGUUGCGAAUUUUGUAACGACACAUUCAAGUUGAAGCGAGAGUUGCAGAUACAUUUGGCGAACAAUCACUCGAAACUAUCCGGAUAUAUGUGCACUGACUGUCUGGCCUGUUACGAGAGCGAAUCGUUACUCUUGAAGCAUCGCGCCUUACGUCACGGACAGAGACGAUAUCGUUGCGAGCAUUGCGAUCGGGAAUUUCUUGAGAAACGUGUUCUGAGGGAGCACAUAAACGGGUGUCAGUCGUCCCAACAGCAUCUCCACUAUUCCUGCGAUUCAUGCGGAGUGGCGUUCACUUCGAAGCAAGAUCUUGUAAAACAUGUGACCAGUCAUGCCAAAGGUCCGAUUACUUCGCGUCAGUUUGAUCCGAGAGACUCGAAAGAAACCAUGAACGAGUCCGUUUCAUCCUCGAAACAGUUUGAAAUUGACGAAAACCAAGAGGGUUCCGAGACGAAUACAUCUUCCAACACUACCACCGUACUUACAUCACAGCCUGAGCCCAGUGAUGAGACAGCCAGAAACUUAAAUAGCAUGUCCGUGAUUAAUGCCGAGGAGCGUACACAGGACGACAGAGAACGCACAAAGUGUCCGAACUGUAACGAAAAGGUAGAUGAUCCGGUAGAACUGAGUGCUCAUCGAAAGCACUGUCACCCGAUCAAGAGAAAGGAGGCAACCUGUUUACUUUGCGACAACAAGUCUUUCCCUUCGCCAGAAGACUAUGAACGACACGUACUCAAUCAUUGUAAACGAUCGAAGGUGUCAUCACCGUCAUAGAA